GCCAGGUGGAUCAGCUAAUGGUGAAAUCACCUGUGUUAAGUGCACAGGUAGAACCAAUGCAUGGUUGGACUUACUUUCUGAAGCUGGACUCUUCCACCUCUGAUUAUAAUAUUGUGAUGGGACCCUAUUAUUUUAAGCAUUUUCUACAUUCUACCUUUACAUUAUCUACCUUUGAGCCACCUGAACUGCGAGGACAUGCCCCGUGUCCUGCCACACCCCUGAGGCGAGCCGGCAUUGGCUGGCGCUAGGCGUAUCGUCAUUGUUACCAGGAACUAGUCCGGAAGAAGCUGCUGAGGAGGAGCCGAGCACAGCACAAGACGAAAGGCUAGCUUCUACCUCGGACAAAAUCAUGGCGCUUGGGGAUGCCUGGAAACAGAUUUCUUGGUUUUAUUACCAGUAUUUACUCGUCACAGCGUUGUAUAUGCUGGAGCCCUGGGAGAGGACAAUCUUCAAUUCGCUCUUGAUCUCUGUAGCAGGAAUGGCAGUAUACACAGGGUAUGUGUUCAUGCCCCAACACAUCAUGGCCAUUCUGCACUACUUUGAAGUGAUUUAGUGAUGUCUGUUCUGUGCCUUUGUGGAUGUGCUUGCUGUCAUUGUCUUGCGGCUACAAAAGAGGAGUGGUUCUGAGGACUAUGUCAUAAACACUGGACCUGUGAUGAUUGGGAGCAUGGUCAUUUUGGGUGGCCGGGAGGAAGAAGGUGGAACAAGCACAGCCUUGUGGCCGACCAUCCAGUCCUGCUUAAAUUGUGGUCUUGCUGCAAUUCACCUUCCCUGUACCUGUGACUUUAACUGCACAAAUGUCUUUAAAUCUUUUUUUUUUUUCAUGGAGUAUAAUAUGUUUAUUUUGGCAGCGAUAUGUUAAGAUGGCAGAUAUUUUUUCCUGAUAUAUAUGUGUAUAUACAAUUGUAUACAUAUUGUAAAGUUUUAUAGUGACUUUGGAAAGAAAAUGUUUUCUUUUUUCAUCCUUGAUGCUAUGUCAAAUAACCAUGUUUUAAUGUCACUAUUGAUUUUAUUUGUUUUGUUUGUUUAAUGCCCACUCUCUGUACACCCAAAUAUAUAUAAUGUAAACAAAAUAUGUGUCUAUUUCAAACUGGACUGUUAAAACUCUCAGGUAUAUUGUGUAAAAUGUUGACCUAUUGUUCAUUUAAAAUACCUAGUUAUGAGGGGCAUUGUCCAUCACCGUUCAGUUUGAUGCCAUGACCAGAAGUUGAAUAUGGAGACGCUACCAGGUAUCUUUCUUUCCUUAGAAAUAUUUAUUGUUGGUCACAAAUACUUGGUUGCACUACAGCAAAGACCCCUUCUGACAAUGCAUUCCAGAGAAGAACUUUUUUUUUUUUGUUUAACAGUGGUCUUUUUUUUUUUUUUUUUAUUAUUAUUUUUUUACAAUAAACACUGUAUACAGUCGUACAUA